AUGAACACGCAGAACCCGAGCAAUUCCGGCACGAGCUCCUGCUCGGAAGUGUUUAUUGACCGGUGCAUCGACCGAGUGAAUGUCAUGAACAGCAAGGUAAAGCCAAAGAAGGUCACUAUCAAGGGGUCGGAUGGGAAUCUGUACCCCUUUCUGGGGAAAAUGGAGCAGCGGGGCGACUUGAAGAAAGACAAAAGGGUCAUGGAAUUGUGCAACUUGCUCAACAAGCUUUUACGGCGCAACGGCGAGUCUAUGCAAAGGAAACUCGAUAUCCUGAUUAAAAACGUCCCCACACCAGAGUUAAGAUGGGAAAUCUGCUAGACAAGUCAACCAGCUUUGGUCGUUUUGCAUGAUAAGUUUGUCCUCGUAGUGUAAUCCGGUUAUUCGCUAGUUCAGCAGCAACACAGACCUAGCCUAGCAUGCUGAUUCUAGCGUAACAAAUUCCAAAACACUAACAGAAAAGGCUUCUCGUAGGGCUCCGCAUGAGAGACUUUUUUAGCAUGCAGAAUUGCAUGACAACUCUGGUAUGGGGACGUUUUCACUCAGGAUACUCGAGAUCCGCCACUACACGGUCACCACCCUAUCACUUGCAAACAUGUCAUCUGGGCCUGGAAAUUUGUGUAUGCAAAUCUGCCAGUGAUGGGCACACUGCAAUGCGCAGCCAAGCACUACAAGUUUUGGAGCUGCUAUGUGUUGCGAGUUCCGCAUGGCAAACUGCGCUUCUGCAUGACAGGAAAAAGGCUCUUUUCCGGCGCAUGCAUCACAGAGUUAAGAGUCAUGCGGGACGCGCAUGACAAACUAGCAGUUUUCCAAACCCAGACACAUUUGCAAUGUAUACACCCUAACCGAGAACCACGGCUUGCUAGAGUGGGUGCAGAACACCGUCCCCAUGCGAAAUUGCAUCGAGCAAGAACAUAUGCACUGCAAACAUGUGGUCUGGGUCUGGAUGAAUAGAAGGUUUGUCAUGCUUGUCUGCCAUGACUGAAGAGUUUGUGAUGCUUGUCCAGGAAGAGAUCCUUUUACUUGUCAUGCAAUAAUGCAGUUUGUCAUGCGGAAAGUGCAACACCAAUUAGCGCAGAUAUUUCUCAUGUUUGCCUGUGCAGCAUUACAGAGCUUUCACUAUUCCCAACCCAGCAUUACAAGUUUCCAGAACCAGACAUAAGUACUUGCAUUGCAUAAAACAGAAUCUUGAACGCCUGCACAAGAGAUACCCCGCCGCGAUGGAGUGGACCGCGGAGCACAAACUGGCGGAGACCUACAUGUAUCAAAUGCAAAUAUCCCUGGUUGUCUGGAAGGAUCCGAACUUGUGAUGCGUGGUUCGGAUCCUAAAAAGAUCUGUGGUGCAGAACGUGCAAAAGGUGCCCACUUCUGGUCAUGCUGAGAGGGCAUUUCUCAUGCAGAGUACGCAUCACCAAGGAGCUCCAGAACCUGUGAUGCUAGGCCCUGCAUUCCAGACGUGGGGGAGCUUGAAGAAACUGCAUGACAAAUGAUCUCAGAAUCUUCUAGACCCAGACACUUUUGCAAUCCAUAACAUGGAUUACCUGACAAAACUGGUCCCGCGACACCCGCCGGUGUUGCACCUCUGGUACCAGCGGACAAGCGCGGACCCCAGCGACUGGCUGGCGCGGAGGAAUACCUAUGCGAAAUCUCUGGCGGUGUGGUCUAUGCUCGGGUACAUCCUUGGACUGGGAGAUCGGCACGGGGAAAACAUUCUGAUCGACAAAGUCUCCGGCUCUAUCGUGCAUGUCGACUUCGACUGCUUAUUCGGGCGGGGAUUGCACCUCGCGAAGCCGGAGGUUGUGCCCUUCCGGUUGACCGCGAACUGCGUCACGCCGCUCGGCGUAACGGGCGUGGAGGGACUUUACCGGCACAGCUGCGAGGUCUUCAUGAAGGUGAUCCAGAAUAAUCGUGAUACGCUGUCCGCGGUUUUGGGCUCUUUCGUCGCGGACCCUUUUGUGGAUUGGAAAAACAAGGUAUGA